AUGAGCAUCUUGAAGGGUGCCUUAGAGAGACUAGUAAUAGAGGCACAUUCACAUAAGCAGAAAGAGUUACAAGUUGUUUGUACUCAGGCUUUAGAUAAGCUUAACCAAGAAAUAGAAGCACUCGUGCAAGCAGACAAAGCGAGCGACGAUGCAUUCAUG